ACAUUUAUUUAGUUAUGAGACUCAUGACUCAUGAUGGUCCAUACAAUACGAUUAAAGAUCAACGGCAGCGAAUCAGAUCUAGCUUGGUCAGAAUUCGUUGCUAAAAUCGACUCCACAGAGACAUCUACGAAAUUGUUCGAACAUUUUGAUACUGCUUUUAUCUUGCAAUGUUCAACACUGCUCUUUCUCAUGCAAGCGGGGUUUAUUUUGAUGGAGACGGGGUCCCUGUCAACAAAACGGCGAGCUAACGCUCUUAUUCUCAAGAAUCUGGGAGACACUGUGCUUUGUGCUUUCUUUUACUUCCUAAUAGGGUUUGGCUUCUCUCAUGGGGAAGGAGGUCCCUUUAUCGGUGAGAGUGGUUUCAUUGGUGUUGGAAAGCCCCUCUGUGAUGAUGGUGGCACCUGCAGCUCUAAAGAAUACUCCCUCAUGUUCUUUCGGUUCCUAAAGACUGCCACAGCGGUGACAAUACUGUCGGGUUGCAUAGCAGAGCGAGUCCACCUGUGGGUAUAUUACCUCCUAGUCAGUGUCUCCAGCUGCUUCUCCCUUCCCCUCCUCGCCAGGUGGAUAAACCACUCUAAAGGCUGGGCUUAUCCGUACACUCACCCGUACAGUAUCUUCAGAACGGGAGUCAUGGACUUCGCUGGUGCUGGUGAGAUUUGUAUAGCAGGAGCGUUACCCGCACUUAUCUUACUGCCCCUGAUUGGGCCACGACGGAACAGGUUUGACGGAGAGUGGAAGGAAGAGAGACUGCCGAGCCAGAACAACUAUUUCAAAACACUGGGAGCUACCAUCAUGUGGAUGAGCUGGUAUGGACUGGUAUUUGGUGGUGUGUCGACUCUGAGAACUAAUGGUGGAGCAGUGGUGGCUAAAAUAGCCGUCAACACUACCAUCAGUGCAGUCGCCGCCAGCAUCACUGCCAUAGGGUUCGGCUUGUACUACGAGAGGAAGCUUUGUCCGACUGAUGCCAGCAACGGAAUCUUAUCAGGUCUGGUCGGAAUAACUGGAGCUUGUGCUACAGUUGACACAGAAUGGGCUCUCUUUAUUGGAAUGGUAUCCGGUCUUAUCUACUUCUCCCUGACCAAAGUCUUCCUUAACCUCCAGAUAGACGACGUGGUUGAUGGUGUACAGAUUCACCUGUGCUGUGGUAUUUGGUCUGUUAUUGCUACUGCUCUCUUUUCGUCAAGAGACUUGGUUAAGGUUGCAUAUCCAGAUUUUGAGGACGAAAGUGUGCCUUGUGGAUUAUUCUAUCAGUGCAACGGUUUAGGUUCGGUACAGCUAGCAGCUAACCUAGUUUACUGUGCUCUAAUAAUCCUGUGGAUAGGACUCACUUCCGGUCUCAUCAUCCUACCUCUCUGGUACUUCGAUCUUAUUCGGUACUCGUCCCGCACUGACGGAGAAGAUACACAGAGCGACUACACUGGGGAUACAGACUCAGCUGACUCAGACACACACAACUUAAUUCAAGACAGCAACAUUGGCAGAGUGGAUGCGGAGUUAAAGACAAUUGAAGAAAGGAACAGUCCAGGGAUAUCGCCCCCUGGUCGAGUUAGAAACGAGUUAGUGAUCCGGGAAGAAAAGGAAGAAGAGGAAGAAGAGGAAGUAGAUGAAGAAGAGAAAGAAGAUGAAGAAGAGAAAGAAGAGGAUGAUGAGGAUAAUGAGUCUAGUCUACAAAAGAAAGCAAAAAUAGCAGACGAAAUUAGAAAUGCUUCCUUACAGUCUGGUGAUGACCCGUUGUCAGCUCUUGGUCUAAUAAAGACGGUGUACCCUGAUAUCGAAGGAGAGGACUUAGAGUUGACGCCUCCGAGCAGGGCAAAACGAUCAGGAUCCUUGAAAAGCGGGGAAUUCAAUAUAGAGUGGGACUCUGCCGGAGAGGACUCUGCCAUAUAGAUUAUAGAGUCUCAUUAAGAUCGUUCAAAAACAGUAAAACCUCGAUUUACCACAAACUUAGGUUUAACUGUCACCAAGAUGUAA